AUGGUUUCUGCCGUUUCUGGUAGAAAAUUGAAUCUAGAUAAUUAUAGAAGAGAUUAUGUUUGCCACAUCAAAAAUUUAAAUUGUCUUGCUAAAAUAAAAAUAGUUAUUAAAAAGACAACAGUUAAUACCAUUAAAAAGGAUCAUUUUAUUAAAGAAGGGCUUGUUGCUGAAAUUAGUCUUCAUACAAUACAUGCACACAUAUUAAAAUCAGCUGAAGCUUUAAGCAAUUUAAAAAUAUUUGACGAAGUCAGAAAAGAGUUUGAAAAUUACUUCAAUGAUGGUCUAGGUAUAAGUGAUGCUAUAAUAUACCAUGAAUGUAAACUUGAACUAGAAGGAGAUGAGAGUAUUUUAGCCAAUGCAUCGUUAAAUCCUAAGUACAGAAUUGUACAAUACUUGCAUGACAUUUGGUGGAAAACUAAUUUAGGACCAAGAAUUGGAAAUGGUGUUAUUGAGUGAUUAUUACAAAAGGUCAAUCAUUUCAUGACUAUAACGCUGGUUUUGAAUUAUCUCAAAAAUGCUUUGAUCUAGAUGAAUUUAAAAGGCAAAAGUAUCCUAAAAUAUUUAUUACUGAUGACAGUGAGGCUGAA